AUGAGAAACCAUUGCAAGUAUUUGUCCGUCACUUCCAGACACGCCGUCGACUCCAACGCUGGCAAAGACAUCGACGCCACGGAUCCGCUGAAAGACAAUGCGCUGAAAGACAGUGCCAUCAAAGGGACGCCAAAUGAGGGCCAGUCGUCGUCGAGACCGCUGUCUUCGUCGCCGAUAGAUAUCAGCGAUAAUUGUGUGAAACGAUUGAAGAAAGUGUUGGACAAAAAGGAGGAGAUGUUAAGAGUGGAAGUGCUUAGCGGCGGCUGUUCUGGUCUUGAGUAUCGCUUCCACGUGACGGACAAAACCACUGCUGAAGACAUUGUCUUCGAGAAGAAUGGCGUCAAAGUGGUGGUCGAUAACGAGUCGAUGCAAUACCUGAACGGAUCCACUAUUGAUUACAGCGAAGAGCUGAUCAAAAGCUCGUUCCGUGUUCUCAAUAAUCCUCAGUCACAACAGGGCUGCUCUUGUGGUCAGUCUUUUGCACUCAAAUUAGACAAUGGAUUCAAAUUCAAGACUUAA